UGAUAUUACCUAGCUACUCGGGAAAGUUUGCGGAAGUUUUGCGCAUUCAAGAAGAAGGACCCGAGGUUGAUCGCUCCUAACUUUAGCGUUUCAUAGAUGGACCUCCGGUCGGAGAAAAUACAGCGGGUCAUCUCCAAGUACAAGUUCCACGAUGUUGCUCUUGAGGAGCUGGACAACAUUGAGAACGCCUUCCCUGGGAUGAUCCCUUCUGUCGGCAGAUAUACGUUCAAUGAUGGCUCCCAGAAAGAGCUCCUCAAAUUGAACGGCAACCUUCCAGUCAAGUAUGAAGGACGCUCCUACAACUUCCCCAUCCAGCUGUGGCUGAUAGACUCCUUCCCGGUCACGCCUCCCAUUUGCCUCCUCAGGCCCACGCCGGACAUGAUAAUCAGGGAGGGCAAACACGUAGAUGCCCGAGGACGCAUCCAUUUACCUAUUUUGCACAACUGGGAUCACCCCAAGUCAUCAGUGGUGGCUCUUCUGGAGGAGAUGAUUUGCAAGUUUCAAGAAGAGCCUCCGCUGUCCUCUUCCGUCCCAGGAGAGAAAAAUCCCCAGGAGCUCUUGGCGUUUGUUAAUAAUCUCCGGAUCAAUGAUAGUACCGUCAGACACCAUGAUCAGCCAAGUACCGUCAGACACCACGAUCAGCCGGUCCACAAAGUCUCUGUUGUCGGAGGAGGGGAUUUAGGAAUGGCUGCAGUGAUGAGCAUUUUGGCCAAGUGUAUAGUAGACAAGGUCGUCUUCAUUGACGUUGCCGAGAGUGCCACCAAGGGGGGCAGCACAGACCUGGAGAUAUUCAAGUUGCCAAAGGUCGAGGUGUCCAAAGAUUUGUCUGCCUCCAGGGGUUCCAGGGUCAUUGUGGUGACCGCCAACGCAUGGAGUGGCGAGCAGUCGUAUGUAAGCGUGGUCCAGACCAAUGUCAACUUGUUCAGAGGGAUCAUUCCAACAUUGGCGCAGCUCAACCCCAGCGCUGUCAUGAUCAUCGCUUCUCAGCCAGUGGACGUGAUGACCCACAUUGCAUGGAGGCAGAGCGGGCUGCCACCAACGCAAGUCAUCGGGGCGGGCUGUAAUCUGGACUCUGAGCGUCUUAGUUACAUUCUGAAUAUUUCCUUAAAUGUUCACAAACAGGCCUGGGUCAUUGGAGAGCAUUCGGACAACAAAGUCCCUGUGAUGAGUAACAAUGAGCCGGGCUCCAAAAAGUUGCUGGAAAUCACAGGAUUGGACGCCACCAAACCACUGCUCGGCAGAGCCUUUGAUAUCAUGAAGAAUCAAGGUCAGCGCUCAUGGUCUGUUGGUUUAUCUGUUGCUGACAUCACAAACAGCAUCCUGACGGAUAGGAAAAAAGUCCACUCCAUCACCACUCUUGCCCAGGGCUGGAGCGGAAUAGGGGCAGAGGUAUUUCUCAGCUUGCCGUGCCUCUUGGGGUCAAGCGGGUCCAUGCGUCUGGCUGGUGUCUCACUGGGGAAGGAGGAAGAUUCUAAACUGAAGGAAAGCAUCAAAUCACUCACUAAUCUCAUUGGUCAGUUGAGGAUAUGAAGGGUGGUGAUGUAAUGUUACCGCACUCAUAACUUGAUGGUUAACGAGCAUGUUUGAAUGCAUGGACAGCCUGUCUUUAACCGUCCUGUUUGUUGUAGUGACAUGGAAUGGGAAAGAAAUCACAUAUUUGUACAAAUUCUAUAUUUAUACUAAACAUGGAGAUAUCAGAAAUGUUACAUUUUACAUUAAGCUAUUGCCUUGAGUACAAAGAUAGGAUUUUUCUGUUUGAGGUAAUUUUGAAGGGUUUGUAAGUUUGAUGUGCGUUUUUUUUUUUUUUCCUUCCAACCAUACAAGCAAGUCAGUGGGUAAAGUGCUACCAGGGUAUUUGAUUUUUUAAAUUGAACAGAAUUUGCUCUUUGCACAGCUGGAAUAGAAGUACAUUGUUGGAGUGUAAAAAACUAAAUAAUCAUCCAGGUGUCUGAAUGAGAAGAAGGAAAACAUGCAUAAUUAGUUUUUAGAAAUCUAAUUGCUAUCCAACUAAAAGCACUUUGUACACACCCAAAUUCUCUGUGAAUGUUAAUAGUUGUCGCUGUUUGAUUGGUGACCACCAGUCCAUGUAGUGGUUUGCUAAAUGUCAGCUGAGCCCAGCUUCAGCUUCCUGCAACACUCAACAAGAAGAGCCAUAAAGAAAAUUAAUGAAUGAAACGUUUUCAUUUAUCAGAAGAUGAAAAUAAAAUACAGUUGUAGUACA